AUGUCUAGUAACGGGCAUGAACAGCAGAAUCUUACUCGACUCACUCCUGACCGAGAUGAAGACGAAAGCCUGUUAGAGCCAAUUGCUAUAUGCGGCCUUGCAUUCAAGUUUCCCCAAGAUGCAACCUCUGUCGAAGCCUUCUGGAAGAUGCUCGUAGAGAAACGGAACGCUAUGACUGACUAUCCCAAUGACCGUCUGAACAUUGCGGGAUUCUUUAAUCCAAGUCGGCAAAAUUCUCUCAAUUCGCGUGGAGGCCACUUUAUUGCUGAGGAUCUUGGGUAUUUCGAUGCCGAUUUCUUCUCGAUAAAACCUUCUGAUGCCGCCGCUAUGGACCCAAUGCAGCGUCUCCUUUUAGAAACCACAUUCCAUGCGCUAGAGAAUGCAGGUGUACGACUUGAAGACGUUUGGGGCUCUCGCACAUCGGUCCAUACGGGUUGUUUUUCAAACGAUUACUUCCUACAGUUGCUCAGAGAUGCCGACAGGCUCCCUCGGUACGCAGCUGUGGGUGCAGCCCAAACGAUGCUAGCAAAUCGGAUCAGUUGGUUUUUUGAUCUUCGCGGUGCCUCGUACAAUGUGGAUUCAGCCUGCUCUAGCAGUGCUGUGGCGGUAGAUCAUGCCUGCCAAAUGCUUAGGAGUGGAUCUGUUGAUAUGAGUAUUGCUGCUGGUUCCAACCUGAUCUUAGAUCCCGACUACAGCACGAUAUUGAGCAACAUGCACAUCCUAUCACCAGAUUCACGCUGCUAUGCAUUUGAUCACCGUGCCAACGGCUAUUCUAGGGGGGAAGGUAUCGGUGUGAUUGUAUUGAAAAGGCUUUCAGACGCCAUUCGGGACAACGAUACAAUUCGUGCCGUAAUACGAGCCUCGGGAUCAAACCAAGACGGGUAUACCCCUGGAGUUACCCAGCCAUCUCAAAAGGCACAGGCUCAAUUAAUUCGUGAGACUUAUGGAAAGGCAGGUCUCACUAUGAGGCACACCAGGUUCAUAGAAGCUCAUGGCACAGGCACACGGAUAGGAGACCCUAUAGAAAUAGCUGCAAUCGCUGAUUGUUUUCGCCAUUACCGAGACAGCUCAAGUCCGUUAUACGUUGGUGCAGUGAAAACAAAUAUUGGUCAUCUUGAAGGAGCUAGUGGUAUUGCAGGACUUAUAAAAGCUAUUAUAGUUGCUGAAACUGGCAUCGUUCCCCCUAAUGCCAAUUUUGAAAAGCUGGAACAAAGGCUUGCAGCCUAUGAUUCCUUCAUAGCAAUGCCGACCUCGCCAAUAGAAGCAUGGCCAUGUUCCCUGGAUGUAAGGCGGGUUUCCCUACAUUCAUUUGGCUUUGGAGGAACAAACUGUCAUAUUGUGAUUGAUGACACACAUAGUUAUCUCAGACGACAUCAAUUGCAGGGUAAUCAUCGAACGCUGUUGGAUCCUGCGACCCAUAAAACCACAAUUGGCCAUCACCAACGGUUCGACCUUGGGAUGGAGUGCACAUCACCCUCACUACAUACCCCCAAACUUCUCUGCUGGUCAGCUUCAAAUGAACAGUCCCUGAAGCAGCUGCUGGCCAAUUGGGAAUCGUACUUUCGCAUUAAAGGAGAGAACAACGAGCCGUCAUGGCUCGAUGAUGUGGCCUAUACACUUGACUCCAGAAGAAGUUCAUUCUUAUGGAAGUCUUAUGCUGUCGUGUCAUCAUCUUCCGAUCUUAAAAGGAUUACACAGUCAGUCUCUGAAGGCAGGCCAAGUAAAAGUCUUGCACCCCGUCUAGCCUUUGUAUUCACUGGUCAAGGAGCUCAGUGGCAUGGGAUGGCGCGUGAGCUCCUCGUAUACCCCGAAUUUCUGAAUGUUGUCAUGGAAGCUGAAUCUUUAUACCAAACUCUGGGUUGUGCUUGGUCUGUUCAAGAGGAAUUGCUAAUGAAUGAACAUGAAUAUAACAUCAACUCCCCUCACAUAUCUCAAGCGUUGACUGCAAUUAUACAGAUUGGUUUGGUGGAUUUAUUGAGAUCAUUUCGAGUGAAGCCAGUGGCGGUCGUUGGCCAUUCGAUGGGAGAGAUUGCCGCAGCUUACUGUGCAGGAUUUUUUGAUAGAAUCUCCGCUCUCAAGCUUGCAUUCCAUCGCGGAUCGCUCGUCUCCUCCAUUCAAACCAGAGAAAACAAUAUCAAGGGAGCAAUGUUAGCAGUGGCAUUAUCGGAGAUUCAGAUACAGCAAUACUUUGAACUUCUUCGCUGCCAGACUGAAGGCUUCAAUUUAGUCAUCGGCUGUAUCAACAGUCCGUCCAACGUAACAGUAUCCGGAAACAAAGAGCACAUCGAAAAAUUGGAGUGUGUGCUUCAAAAAGACAAUAUUUUCACGACACGAUUGAAAACACCUGUUGCAUAUCAUUCCUCUCAGAUGAAAACCAUUGCCAAAGACUGUUUGCAGGUAUUUGAUUGCCUGCAGGUGGCAGAAUCAUCAUCAUCAUCAUCAUCAUCAAAUGUUAGAAUGAUCUCUUCUGUCACAGGUGAUGAGGUCAGUGGAGAGAGAGCCCGUGAAGCAAGCUACUGGGUAGCCAACAUGCUUUCGCCGGUCCUUUUCUCACAAGCUAUCCAACGCCUCUGUCGAGAUUCGAUCGGCGCUUUACGCAAAAAAAUCGAUGGAAGCCAUGGGCAGGCUAUUGUCGUGGACUGUCUUAUCGAGAUUGGGCCACGCGCAGCUUUGCGUCUUCCAAUUCAGGAAAACAUUGAUAUCAUGCCACGAGGUUGCGACCUUACUUACCUGCCUUCAUUGAUUCAUAACCGUCCGGCCGAUUUGUCACUCUUGCAGUUGCUUGGAAAUCUUCAUUGCCGUGGAUUCCCGGUAGAUAUACGUCGUGUGAACGACCCAAGACAUGAUUCCUCAGCCAAGAAUUGCAUCAAUCUUACUGACACGCCGGCCUACCCCUUUGACCACUCAACAAAGUUCUGGGCCGAAAGUCCCUUGAGCAGAAACUAUCGCCUUCGUCCGUAUGGUUAUGUCGAAUUACUGGGGACCCGAGCCCGAGAUUGGAAUCCUCUAGCGCCUGAAUGGCGUUGCUACGUGCAAGUCACCGAAAUGCCAUGGCUUCUGGACAAUACAGUCAAUGGAAAGUCGAUAUACCCUGCCUCGGCAAUGAUCUGCAUGGCGUUGAAAGGGGCGUCUCAACUUGUAGAUGACUGCACUAGUAUUACAGGUUUUACCUUGCGCAAUGUCCGCUUCCAGUCUAUAAUACCAAUAUCCUCCAGCUCUACAGACCUUGAGACACGAUUGAGGCUCAACCCUAUCAAAUCAAAUCUCUCCACGCAACAUACCGCUUGGUGUUUUACUGUCUACUCCGUUGCGGCUGGCAUUUGGAGCGAGAACUGCGGUGGAACUCUUCAGGUCCAUUAUCAGGAAAAUCAGGUAACAGAACAUUCACCCAAAAGGAUGAAAACAUGGUUGGAACCGUCCCAGUAUCAAGAUUGCUGGGAUUCGAGAGAACAAGCUUGCACAUAUCCGAUGAAUGCGUCGGACGUUUACGCCAACUUCAAAAGAUGCGGCUUUGACUACGGAUCUUCUUUUCAAGGAAUCUGCACUGUCGCACAUGACCGCACAACAACCGUUGUGGGUUCCAUAUGCCUUAACCGACCUUUAUCCAUAUCCGUUGCCAACGCAGAAUCCAUGAUUCAUCCUGCGUCUCUCGAUUCAUUCAUGCAGCUCGCACUAUUGACCCUUGACGCAAAGGGCUCUAGUCAAAUACCUACACAAGAAAUCUCCGCCAUAGAUAGGAUUUGGAUAUCCAAUGAAGGACUGUAUCCGUCAGAUAAGUCCAUACUUGCGUCUGCAAGACUUGAUUUAGAUACUCCUCGCAACAAGACCUACUCGGUGUUCGGGCUGAGCGCGGAUAAUCAGCAUCUGCGACUGGUGUUGGAGGGUCUUCAGACAACCACGAUUCUUUCACCUUCUUCACCAAACAAUGCAAGGUAUUCUAUGAACUCUAUCAGCGGCAUUCCGAAUGUAUCUAGCAAUGAACAGUUCUGGUACACCUUCCGUACCAGAGCCGACGUAGACAUGAUCCCGGCGGAUGUACUGCUGAAGCGACUGGAUUGCAUAUGUGGACCAGAUGUAUCAGGGCCAAAACAGUUUACAUCAGCCCUACGGGCAUAUCUAUACCUGAAAAUGCAAGAGAUUAAAGAAUCCCUGAGCUCCAAGAGCUUCGUCCCAGAGAAACUACAUCUCCGCCAAUACAUGCAGUGGAUAGACUGGCAGCUGUCCAAGUCCGAUGAGAUGGCUCUACCACCCACCGAGUCCAACAGUUGUUUGCGAUCCCGCAUUGAAGAACAAGGGCAAAUGGGUAGAUUUUUCUUACAGGUUGCAGAUAAUGCUUUGAAUGUCCUGCGAGGGAGUGUAGACAUUGUCCAGUUGCUAUUCACGGGCAAUAAUGUCGAGAGUUUCUACCGGAACCAAUCGUUUGGCUCGAUAUAUUACCAGAAGCUCGCGGUGUAUCUCAAUGACCUCUCAUUCAAACAUCCAAAUAUGACUAUUCUAGAGGUUGGUGCCGGUACGGGGUCAUUUACGGAUCAUAUUCUGAAUGCUCUGUCGGGGGACGAUGGUGCACGCAACUUCGCCAAAUACUACUUUACAGAUAUCUCCCCUGCCUUUUUUGAAAGAGCACAGAAACAAUUUGAAAAGCACAAGCGCAGAAUGGAUUUUACUAUUCUUGACAUUGAGAAAGAUCCAGUUGAGCAAGGAUUUGAGCAGGGGGCAUUUGACAUGAUCGUGGCGUCCAAUGUCUUGCAUGUGACCGCAGAUCUUGAAAGGACACUCCGUGGCUUGAGAAGACUGCUCAAACGUGGUGGCAAGUUGAUAUUACACGAAGUUGUGCGCCCAGAUAGCAUCCCAACAUCCUUUGUGUUUGGGCUUCUUCCAGGAUGGUGGCCGGCGACGGAAGAUGGCCGCUCUAUGAGCCCCGUAGUAGACGAAGCGCGAUGGGAUACCUUGCUUCGCCUGAGUGGGUUUUCUGGGGCCGACUUGCGCCUUAGAGAUUACGCAGACCAAGAAUCUCAUUUGAUGAGUAUCAUUUGCGCAACCGCUGAGGGAUCGGGAGAAGACAAGAAUGCGUGCGCAGAGCUGGCCGUUGUCGUGGAGCCAGGCUCAUCCUUGCAACAGGAUCUAGCAGAGGCUAUCAUUGCCCAACUAUCUACUCAUGGCUUCCAUGCCACCCGUAUUAUUACGUUGUCAGCAGAUUCGGUUCAAGAAGGUAUUGUUUCGCGCAAUUCAGCAAUAGUCACCCUGUUCGAUGCCGGCGAGAAAGCCCUUCUUUCUCGCUUAGACAACGAGAACUUCCCCUUGCUGAAGCAUCUACUUUUGAGUUCUAGAAACAUACUUUGGGUGUCAAAUGGAGGCGGGCGCACCCCUGACCCAAGUCAUGGCAUGAUUGACGGGUUUGCCAAGGUCUUCAAUACCGAGCAGCCCCAGUCGAAACUGACGACAUUAGCUCUAGAGGGCUUUGUAAGAGAGACUUCACAAGCAUCGACCGUCUCAAAUAUCGUCUCCGUUCUUAUCCAAGUCCUGAGAAAUGCUGCUAAUCCCAAUGAACUGGAGGACUACAGAAUGCUUGAAGGGGUAUUACAUAUAAACCGGAUCCAAACCGACGCCGCUAUGAGCCAGGUAAUCUCUGGAAAGAAGACAGAAACAAAGACGCUGGAGGCUGCAAGACCAUUUACACUUGAGCUACAAGAUUCUUCCUUGCUGAUAAGACAAGAUGAAUGCACCGACGCGGUAUUGCAGGUGGAUGAUGUUGAAAUCGAAGUUCGUGCGAUUGGUCUUGGGGCCGAUGAAUCUUCGCUCUUGAGAGAAUACAGUGAGACGGAGCCUGGAAGGGAGUAUGCCGGAGUAAUAACAAGGACUGGCUCUCACUCGUCUCUUCUCCCGGGAUAUCGGGUCUGCGCAUACAGUCCCGAUUUGCCCAGAUCGAAUAUACAAGUGCGAGAAACGUGUCUCGUUCGCAUACCAGACUCGGUGUCCUUUGUUGAAGCUGCCACACUCCCACGCGAUCUCUUGACCGUCAGUCAUUUAGUUCAAAGGGUCAUCAGUAUAUGCAAGGAAGAUGUGGUGCUGAUUCAUGGGGGUCAUACUCGAGUUGCUAAACUGGUAAUCAACCAGCUCACCGGCCGUGGUUACAAGAUAUUAGUCACAGUUCCUACCAUGGAAGACAGGAACAAUCUGCAGAAGCUCUUUGGUGGGGUGACAAUAUGUGUCAGCAUGUCUGGCUCUUGCUUUCCAGCAGGUUGCGCAACUGUGGUGGUUGACUUCACGAGUACAUCUGAUAUUUCUGACCUUGCGCAAUGCGUCUCACCAUUUGGUCAAAUAAUCAGCAUCGCAGCCAGCACGCAUAAUGCCAAAAAGGAUAUCUUAUCUCUACCUGCAAAUAUCUCAUUCAAGCUUAUCGACAUGGAACAAGUCUUUCGAAGCUGGGUUCAUGACCAGCCUCAGAUGCCAUCACAAUAUCUAGUAGACCGAUCUGUGGUCGACGCUUUGCCGGAAGUCCAAUCAUUCAGCCUCGCCAAUGCUUCCUCUGGCGUUUUAAUACCUGCGAAUGCUGGUAAAGAAGCAAGAGCUGUCAUUGAACUUGAUAAUCGAGACGUGAUUACAGUCACGAGUCCAAUCAAUUCGUCAUACUCCUUCGAUCGACAUUCAGCCUACCUCGUUGCAGGAGGACUAGGAGGGCUAGGAAAAUCCAUAGUCCAAUGGAUGGUGUCUCGCGGCGCGUGUCACCUCAUACUCCUUUCCCGCUCUGGGCCUCGUACAGAAGAUGCCAAAACUUUUAUACACGAGUUGGAAGAAAAGGGAACUUGGGUGUAUGCUCCGGCUUGCGAUAUAUCAGACAAAUCGGCGCUCCAAGAUGUGAUGCUUUAUUGCUCUGAUAAGAUGCCCCCGAUCAAGGGUUGUAUCCAGGCUACUGCAGUUUUGAAGGACAUCACAUAUGAAAAAAUGACCCUCGAGGACUGGACUGCCGCUACCAAGUCCAAAGUUCAGGGGUCUUGGAAUCUGCAUAGUCUUCUCCCGCAAAAGUUGGAUUUCUUCAUCCUGGCAUCAUCGAUGACUGGUGUUUUGGGACAGGCUACACAGAUCAACUAUGCUGCUGGGAACACUUUCCAGGAUGCUCUAGCCAGAUACCGUCUAUCAAUCGGCGAAAAGGCAGUGUCACUGGACCUCGGAAUCAUCAGUACGAGCGGCCUCGGUCUCCUCGCUGCCAGAGAGGAUUUAGUCAAAAGAUUGAAGUCGACCGGUCUCUACUCACCCCUGACCCAGUCGGAGAUAGUGUCCCUCUUUGAAUAUUUCUGUGACCCAUGCUUGGACUUGGAGCGUCUUCCAUCGCAAGUCGCAUCGGGGAUCGUGCCCCCUUCACUACACGCCGGCCGAGAUAUCGAAACGCCAGCGACAUUUCGCCAACCGCUCUGGAGCCAUACACUAUACAAAGACAACUCCGAAGACGACAGCACAAUCGAUCCUGCCUCCGAUACCUCCAGAGACUACGACAACAGGCGGAGCAUCCACACUGCCUUGACGCAGGCUCACUCCAUCCCCCAAAUCCGAGAAAUCAUCACCGGUGCCCUCGCCGAUCGAUUUUGCCGCUUGACGUUGACACCGCAGCACAAACUAGACGUAGAUAAACCGCUACAUGCCGCUGGUGCAGACUCGCUGACAGCGGUCGAUCUGCGCAGUUGGAUUGUUAAGGAGUUUUCGGUAGAUGUUCCGGUUUUUGAUAUCCUUGGCGAUAUGUCGAUUGCGGCAUUGUGCAAUCAGAUCGCGGCGGAAUGGUGGAAAGAAGCGAAGAGAACCCCCCCCCCCCUAGCUCUGGAUAACUAA